GAAUUAGUUGCGCACUUGGCUGCCACAUUUUCUCCUAUCACUGCCAUGUCGCAGAAUCCGCCGCAGACCCUCUCCGUCAAGCGGAAGCGCCAUGAUCCGCCAGUGGAUGCGCUGAUAUUCGACAAUACCGUCAAACGCCAGAAGAGCAGCCUGAAAUUUGCCUACAGACGAUUGACCAAGCCGAAUGAUAUCCCCGCGCAAUCCUCUGUACCACCGACGCCUACCACGGAACGGAGAUAUCACCUCGAUCCCGUAGCACGAACACGUUCGAAGCACGUGUUUAUAGAGGCUAGACAGGUUGCAGACAAGGGGAAUGGUGCCGUCGAUGCGCAACUACAAGCCACUUCUAUAGAGGCCACGCCAGAAUCAACGCCACGACCGAGGAAGAGACCAGGUGCAGGAAGUGCGCUACAUCGCACAGCGAGCAGACCAGCCCAACAGAAGCCACAAAUCACCGAGCCCUCCGAGGAGGAUGUCCGCGAACUCGAAGCCCUCUCGAAAGAGGUAGAAACAGUAGACAACCUCCACAUACCAAUACUGUCCCCCUCGAGACACAAACCCAAAGCCCCAGCCCACCGCUUUGCCGAGAGACACCCCGAGCAAGCUGCGGCCCUCGCGCCCCAAGAACCAGUUGACGAUGGCGACGCCAUGGACAUCGAUACCGACGAAUACGUCUACGACACCUACAUCCGCGAAGCGAUCCUCCCCGACGCCGACGGCAAGCUGCCAGAGCCUUCAGGUACCAUCGGCUUCCUAGUGAUCAAGGAAGAAGACGAAGACUGGUGGAACGGUGGGGAUGAGAGCGACAAGGAGUUCGACACGGAUGACGAGGACGAGAAUGCCGAGGACUACUACGCAAAUGACUACCCUGAAGACGAGCUGAGUGAGGAUGACGAGUUUGGGAGGGACGUGUAUCAGAAGAAGUACAGACACGGCAGCGAUGACGAGGAGUUUAAUCUGGAUGAAGACGAUGACAUGAUAGGCAGUGAUGAAGACGAGGAUGAUCUGCACUUCAAAAUGACCGUGCCCAAGGCUCAGAGGGUGGGCUACUGGGGCACCUAUGGCGAACCAAAGACCUAGUGUCUUCCUUGGACCGAUUGCAUGUCCCGAAGCUAGAGCGAUGAUACCCCUCCAUUAUAGAAUACAGCGUCCAGCAAAUCGAAACCUUUUGCAUUGCUCAUUAUUACUCUCGUUAAAGCA